AUGCCGGACAUGCUUGACCUCAAGGUUAUGAACGAGCACGGCGAGGUGCGCUUCGCUGCUGUCGAAUGUGAGGGCGAGGGGGCGAAGGGGCGAAGGGGUGCACAGCAAAGUCUUCGGAAGUGCUGUGGAGCUGAGAUGUCCAGGCCUAGAAUUCCGAAGUAUCAGGGCAGCAGUUUCUGCACGGUCAUUUCCAGGUUUGUCCGAAGUAAAUCCCGGCGUGUUGGAGGGGUCGAGGAGUCGAGGAGUGGAGGAGUCCAGUACUGGACCAGCUGCGACAACAGGGAUGGGCACGUGCGGCCUUCGAAGAAUCUGAGAUGGUGGCUCGAGUUUCCUGGCCGAACUCGGAUCCCAGCACACUCAUCACAACAUGUCACAACAGAUGUCCGCGUCCCUUUUCAUUUUCCAUCGUCACAGCCGAAGCACUGUGCCGUUUUUGCAUGUUUCUGCCAGUCGCGCCAGGAGCGGAUGGUCACCGUUCACGUGCAGAGGCCCGUCAUGGAAAAGCCAGAGGCCAAGGAGCUGAAGCCCCGAGACUGUCCUUGUUUCCUGGACUGCCCCCAAGUCGUGCUCAAAGUUGGGUUGACCUCGGGCAUCUCCUUCUGUUGGUGCCACAAGAGCUGCGGACGAUCGAGGCCAUACUUGGGUGGUUUCCGGAACAAAGUGACGGACUCCAUGUCUGAAGCCAAGAUGGGCGUUACGGGGAUGCUUCACGGACUGGAUUUCUCGGGGGAAGUUUCACAGUACCAUCACGCAGUGACUCAGACAGCCCCUGUACAGAAGAAGGACGUUCACACGCUUCGCUUUCAUCGCGAGGCGCAGACCUACGAAUACCGGACUCGAUCAACGCAGUGCAAGCGUGACAAUGGCACUCAGAUGGACAAGGUGGGCCUUUAUAUCGACAGCCGCACUGACAAGAUGAUGGAGCCUCGAAGGCCCUACUUCAGCAGUGCGGACAAGGCAGCGCUCUUGCUCGAGAAGUGCGUCAUGAUCCAGUGUCAUGCCAGAGGCAUGCUGGCUAGAAGGCGCACCCGGCAGCUCCGGCAGAUGCGCCAGGAGCGUCAGGAGCUGGCGCGGAAGGAGGCAGAGAGGCGGCAGCUAGAGGCCGACCUCCGACACAAAAGGGAGGUCGAGCGCCGAAUGCACCCGCGGACCUUCGAGGACUUUAGCGUGCUGUACAAGGAGCUGGAGGCGUGGCGAGUGAAUGAAGCAGCGCGAAUCCAGAACUCGGGGUUCGACGAGGCGACUCGUCGAGCUGCACAGCACGAGCUCCUCCGCAAGGAGACGAAGCUCCUGCAAACAAUUGACAAGCUGAAGAUCCAGGCGCACACCUCAAACCGCGAUGCCAAGAUCAAGAGCAAGCUCGAGUCGAUGUCACAGCCGAAGGUUUGGGCGCAGGGGGAUGGUGAGACCACCACCGUCCACACGCCUUUCACCACCAGAGCCAAGGAGCUCAUGGACCUGUACAGCGGCCUGCGGCUCCCUUUGCUGACGGUCGAUGAGCGCCUGGACGUGCUGUUGCACGUCAAGUGGACGGUCAAGGAGUUUGACUGCAACUUGACGCGUGAGAUGGUUGACCUAAUCGACCGAGAAGCUUGGCUGCACGGGAACAUCUCUCAUAGCCAUGCAGUGGAGGGGGUGGCAAACGCUCGGACAGGAACCUACCAUAAGAUUCAUACCCCCUGCCUGGUCGGUCGUGGUCGUGGACAGGUGUGUUGGUUCGCCGCGUCUUGGGUGUUGACUGUGGUUCCUGGGACCGUUGAUGAUAUGCUUCUGCUUUUGGAAGUGGUAGCAGGGGGUCUACGGCACAGGUUCAUCGAGACGCCGGAGUUUAACCCGGAAGCAAUGAAGUUCCAGAAGGUUUCCCGGGAGUUCUAUGACCAGACUGGGACCCAUCCGCUGAGCACGGUGCCAAUUAAGGCCUUGGGCAGCUGA